AUGCCCCCUGGAGGUGAGUCCAAUUUGGAUAAUGGAAAGCUCCCCUCUGACAAACGUAAAACAGGCCCAGCGUGCAUAACAUGCCGUGAAAAGUGUCGUAAAUGCGACCGCACAAAACCUGUCUGCCAAAGAUGUAUAAGCAAAGGCCUUGAGUGCAAAGGUUAUCCAGACAAGUUUCGUUUUGCAGGGUUAGCGACUCGAGGGAAAUGGAAAAACCGCGCGGUGCCAAGUGAGGCCCUUGGCCACCGUGUCCAGAGUCGGGCCGGCGUUGAAGCGACAGAUCCUCCUCAACCUCAAGAGCACUCAUUAAAACCUGUUCGACAAACGGAAGCAUCGCAGUCAAGCUCCAUCCAAACCUGGCCUCGGUCACAGGAGGAGCGAUCUGUCGAGUUAGAUGACCUGUUAAUGCUCGAACGAACAGAAGCAUUGCUCGCGUAUUGUGACGUUGCUGAGACCAAAAAUAAUCACAGGCUUGACAUCAUUCGAUCCCUCACAGACCCACGCCGAUUGUGUUUCUCCUCCGAGCUUCGUGGGGCCAUAGUGAACUUGAGUGAUCUCAAAUUUGAGCGUGUAAAUGGAUGCCCACGCGCUUUGUUUCUUGUCAUGGGCAAAGCCAUGGAACAUGCAAAAGCACAUGCUCUGGGUAAUAUGAGUGAUUCGGAGUUUCAGAGUUCUCUCGGUGCCUGCCAAGUUGAGCUGAAUGCAUGGCGUUUGCCAACAGACGGCUAUCCCGAUGACAAUUCCCGUUGGCCGGCCGUAGCUGAAGCAUUUCGACACGCGUGCAUACUGCAUACGUCCCGAUUGAUGGAUAUGAGACAGCCGGCUGAAGCGCACGCUAUACAGCACUCCGUGACGGCAAUAUUGGAUGCGGUCGCCGAAAUCCCAGCUGAAUGUCGUCUCAUCGAAUUGUUGGUCAUGCCACUUUUCAUGGCUGGAGCCGAUGCUUUGUCCUCGUACGCUCGACAUUAUGUUUUGUUGCGUUUUGACCAUGUCAAAAACCAUGGAGGUCUCGGGAAUCAAAUGCCCAUAUCUCUUCUCAAGUCAGUCUGGGACGGUCGUGGGAGACAGUCGAGGCACGACAGGAGCAAUGUUUAUUGGGUGUGGUUUACCCAUAAAUCCCCUUCUGAGCCACCACAUGAUUAUCUGAUCAUAUGA